AUGACGACUGUUGAAACUGAAGGUAUUCAAGGAUCUGCUGGUGGAAUAGCAGCUGGAGGGGAUGAGAAUAGACAGGGUACGCCGUCGGCAGGAGGAUGUUCUGAAAUAGCUGUCAAUGAGGGUAGAAAGGGAUCUGUGAGGUUGCAGCCGGCACCUAUUCCGAAGAACUCGCCAUGGAGGACGGUACAAGCAGUGAGCCGGAGUGUGAGCAGCAGUGAGGAUCAAAAGUGGCCAUCAGCACAUGAGACGGCGGCGAAGUUGGCGGAUGAUGGGAGUGGGUCGAAGAAUAGGCCUCAGGCAAUAUUUAUUACCGGCAAAGAAAAGUGGAUUCCUAUGAAGCCGACCCCCGUGGUUGGGGAAGGUCAUGGGGGGAAGAAGUCGCAGAGGAAGAAGAAGAAUGGGGCAAUUGUGAAUGGUAAUGGAUCUGGUGCGAACAAGAAGAAGAGUGGCAGUGGCAGUGGGAAUGGGAAUGGUAGCGUCUGUUAUAGCAAUAAUGGGUGCAAUAAUGUGAAGGUGCCUCAAGUCCAGUAUAGGAAGUCUGUUGAUAAUCAGAAAAGACAGGUUGAGGGGUCUAAGAAGGCUGAUGAUGUUUCUGAUGAGCCACAGCAGCAGUUACUUGACGACUCGUACCCGCUACCAAACGUGGAAACACAGCAGGAACAAUUGGAACAACAAGUACAGCAGCAGGAACAGUUGCAACAACAGUACGUUCAAAGUGUGCAUAGGCGGCAGCAUGCUCCAGGUCAGCAGCAUCAGCAGACAAGAAGGAGAUAUCAAACUUCGAGAAACCAAAUUCCCCACGACGGGCAAAAAAGCUUUGUUCCUAGACAGGUCCAAAAUGGUAAUGUCUCAAAUCAAUCUUAUCGCCGCAAUUAUCAUCAUAGAACCAACAAUGGCAACUAUCGUGUAAGGGUUUAUACUCCACAAAUAGAUCCAGUGUUGGCUAUUAACAAUAUUGCCAGACAAAUUGAAUAUUAUUUCAGCAUAGAUAAUUUGGAGAAAGACACAUAUCUAAGAUCCCAACUCAACAAGAAUGGUUGGGUUUCUUUUGCUACCAUUGCAUCUUUCUACAGAUUAAUCAAAUUAUCCUGGGGCGGUGAUCUGACCUUGAUCAUGGGUGCGUUGAGAGAAAUUGUUGCUAAUAAAACCGCUACUGUUGAACUUGCUCGUGUAUCGGAAGCUACCCCUGAUGAACUUGUCGAAUCCAAAACUUACUUCCACGAAUAUGCAAUCAGAGCUAAGGACUGGGAGAAAUGGCUUCCUGAUGAACCCAAGAACUGGGAUGCCUCUUUGGAGAUCUUGGAUAUCUCUGCACUAGAUCAGUUUAGGUUUGUCCCUCUUCAGGUUUCUAUCCAACCAACACAUACCGCAGAUGUUCCUCAAACUACGAUCUCAGAGCACUCGACUGAGCAAACUAAAGUUGUUGAAGAGGACACUGCAGUUGAACCUAACCAGUCAUGA